UCCACUCAUUCCGCUCUGCAACCAGCACUUUCCAGUCCUCACUUUCUUCUGCGUGUCGCUACUUCCAAGUCUUCAGCACAAGUUCGAUGGGUCAACUUGCUCCCUUAUCAGAAGAACCCAUCAAUGAAGACGACCUUGUGAGCACCAAGAGACGAAGUCGCCACCAGGCAUGGCGUCUCUGGAUCAAGACCCACCUCUCCCUCCUCUUCUCUAAGAAGUCUCACCACCUCAACGUCCUCCUCAGCGUUCUGGGUUGUCCUCUCUUCCCUCUUCCUCUUCAUCAUCCCCAACCACAUCUUUCCCUCCAUCAUCAGGUGUCAUCGUCAGCUCAGUAUAUAAUACAGCACUUUACGGCAGCGACGGGUUGCCGGAAGUUGGAGGGGAGGGUGAAAAAUGUGUUUGUGACGGGGAAGGUGGCGAUGGGUGUGGUGGGUGAUGCGGGGAUGGGAUCUAACGGAGUGUCGGAAAGAGGAUGCUUUGUCAUGUGGCAAAUGGUUCCCGAUAUGUGGCUCAUUGAGCUCGUCGUCGGCGCUCACAAGGUCGUCGCCGGAAGUGACGGCACCGUCGCCUGGCGCCACACUCCGUGGCUCGGAGCCCACGCUGCUAAAGGUGGCGUCCGUCCUCUCCGUCGUGCUCUCCAGGGAUUAGACCCUUUGGCCGUGUCUGUCGUAUUUUCUGCAUCGCAGUACACGGGAGAGAAGCAAAUCUCAGGCGACGAUUGCUUCGCGUUAAAACUGUCAGCCGAUCAGAAGAACCUCACGGACCGCAGCGACAGUACUGCAGAGAUGAUCAAGCACGUUACGUACGGUUACUUCAGCCAACGAAGCGGCCUCCUCGUGUACCUCGAGGACUCCUACCUCACGAGGAUCCAAUCCCCUGGGACGUACCCCAUGUAUUGGGAGAUCACCAUAUCGACCAAGAUCGAGGAUUAUCGGGCGGUGGAGGGUGUGAUGAUAGCUCACGCGGGGAAGUCAACGGCGGUGAUUACUAGGUUUGGGGAUCGUCUAAAGGCAGGUCCGGCCAUCACGCGCUUGGAAGAAUCGUGGACCAUAGAUGAUGUUGCCUUCAACGUGCCUGGAUUAUCCGUGGACUGUUUCAUACCACCAAAGGAGCUGCAGACAGAGUGUCCACUACAGGAAGAUCUAGAUUGGAGAUCACCCUUGCAUGGAUGACUCUUUUUCCCCCCUUUUUUGAUGCUAAUCCAAAAAUGCUAAAUUUGAUUUGGAACUAAAUAGAUGUGAGCAACUUCUUGUGCGAUGUGUAUACGUACAUGUUAUUUGCUCUGAUUUGCUUC